AUGUCUGGGCGAGAUACUUUUUUUGAGAAUCCUUAUGAAGAUUAUUCUUCUAAUUUGCAAAAUAGUAUUCUCAAUGAUUCAAAGGAUGGGAUUUCAGAUGUCUUACGAGAGAAAUUGGAAAAUUUCAAAGCCUCAAAAGUUCAUCUAUUAACAACCAAAUUAGAAACAGAAUUAUUUUGUGAUGGAACGGUUUAUACUGGUUCCUCUGGACUUGCUCUUUAUUACACAUUUAACUGCCUAUUAAAUAAGAAUCAGACAUGUACUGAACACUUACAGAGAGCUAUAAAAUAUGUGGAUAUUGAACAUUUAAAAGGUCGGAGAAUUAGUUUUCUAUGUGGUGAUGCUGGACCAUUAGCCAUUGCUACUGUUAUUUCAUAUAAAUUGGGAAAUAGGCAAUUAAACCCUUUGCCUGACUAUAAAGAACUAGUUCAAAGAGUAAUAAAGCUUGCGUCUCUUCUAAAUGAAUCUCCUGAUGAAAUUUUGUACGGAAAAGCAGGAUACUUAUUUGCAUUAUUAUUUAUUAAUAAGCAUGUUAGUAGCAAGGAUAUUAUACCCAUACAUCACAUUGAGAAGGUGGUAAAUGCUUUAAUUUCUUCUGGAAAGCAAUUUUCUUUACAAAUGAAAGCAGAAAGUCCUUUACUAUGGCAAUGGCAUGAGAAGAUAUAUCUUGGUGCAGCUCAUGGUAUGGCAGGAAUACUUUACAUGCUAUUACAGGCUCGCUGCUGUAUAACAGGCAAUGAUUUAAGAGUUUUCAUAAAACCAUCCAUAGACUGGUUACUGGGAUGUCGAUUAUCUAGUGGUAAUUUCCCUUCGUCCCUUCGUAGUAGUUCAGGAGAUAAGUUGGUGCAAUGGUGUCAUGGUGCACCAGGAUUUGUGCCACUAUGUAUAGCAGCGUAUCAGGCAUUUGAAGAUGAUAAGUAUUUAAAGAUAGCUACUCAAUGUGGUGAAGUGAUCUGGCAGCGGGGUUUGUGUACAAAGGGAUACAGUCUCUGCCAUGGUGUAAGUGGCAAUGCGUACGCGUUUCUGCAGUUAUAUCAAGUGACUAAGAAACCAGUUCAUCUGUACCGCGCGUGCUGCUUCAUGGAGUGGUGUGCAGUAGAAAGACCAGGUACAGAACUUCACCGACCUGACCGUCCGGCAUGUCUCUUUGAAGGUUUGCUGGGACGAAUAUUUUUAGCUGAGGAUAUCACCAGGCCAAUGGAUUCUAGAUUCCCCGCCUUUUGUUUAUAA